AUGACCAUGAGCACCUCAAGGAAGGACUGGGCUAGGAAGAUAGAUGAUGCUCUCUACGCUUACCGGACAGCUUUCAAGACUCUUAUUGGUAGGUCUCCUUAUCAGUUGGUCUAUGGCACGGCCUGUCAUUUUCCUGUGGAGUUGGAACAUAGACCUUACUGGGCUACUAAGUUCCUCAACUUUGAUCUCAAGGCUGCAAGAGAAAAGAGACUUCUCCAACUCAAUGAGCUUGAUGAAUUCAAAAUAGCAGCGUAUGAGAAUGCCAAGCUAUACAAGGAGAAGACCAAACUGUGGCAUGACAAGAAAAUAACCACUAGAACAUUUAAGCCAGGCUAG